UUAUGAUUCAUUAAAAUUCAUAACAAAAUUAAAUCAAAUACUUCUUUCAUGCUAGGUAGAAACUUUUAUAGUAUAAUAAAACACUUUAAUUAGGAUGUAUAACAAACCUAUUUCUAAAGGUUUUCCUCGCUUAAGUUUCCGCUCCGCUGAUACCUGUGUCAAGUUACCCGCUUAAAAGUGUUUUAUCUCGUAACACUAUCCCGGGCGUGGUUUGGAUAUACAUGAUCUGUUAUAAAUAGCAGCCUUUCUAAUCUCAUGGAAGAAUAAGUGUAAAGGAUGUUUUACGAUAUCGUUUAAAUAUACUGACUUUGUAUACCCGAGGUGUACUUAAAUUUCGUUGUAAAACCUAGUGUUUGACAUGAAUAGAUCGCUCUAAUUAAUAAGGAAAUGCAAAUUUGACCUGAAAAACUAUGCCUAAAUCGAAAGUAUUGCUGGGGAUAUUUGGAAGGCAAAAGUUACAAUCAAAGAGAUGUAUACAAAGAGCUUUCAGUUGCAGUUCUCGCCUACGUUCCACGAGUUGGAGUUACACACACGGACCAGGUGAUGUCCCCUUGAGAGGGAUCACUAUAGGUAAACUGCUACAGUCGCAGACGGAGAAAACUCCCGACAGAGAAGCCCUCGUAUUUCCGUCGGCAGGUGACAGGAAGACAUUCUCACAAUUACUUGAAGAGAGUGAUCGCUUUGCAGCGGGUCUGUUAGAGCUUGGACUCAAGAAAGGGGAUCGAGUAGGAAUCUGGGGUCCUAACUCGAUAGAAUGGGUCCUCACGCAGUAUGCCACGGCCAGAGCUGGCUUGAUUUUGGUGAAUAUAAACCCUUUAUACCGGAGUUUUGAACUGGAGUACGCUUUACAACUGGUUGAUUGUAAGGCGAUAGUAUGUGCCACAGAGUUCAAGGACCAGUUAUACUAUGAGAUUAUGUUCCAGCUUGUACCGGAACUAGCUUCAUGUAAACCAGGACAGCUUCGAAGUCACAUUUUACCAGGCUUGAAGUACAUUAUCAUGAUGGGUGAAGAGGAAUUUCCAGGAACCCUAAAAUUUUCUGACGUCAUGAGUGCCGGAAGUGAAGCAAGCGUCCGGCAGAUUGCUGAUCUGCAAGACAGUCUGCAGUUUGAUGAUGCUAUAAAUAUACAGUUUACGUCGGGCACAACAGGAUUCCCAAAAGGAGCGACACUAUCUCACCAUAAUAUUGUCAACAACAGCUAUUUCACUGGAUUGCGGCUAGAUUUCCAUAACAGGCCAGCUCGGAUUUGUUGCCCUGUGCCUCUUUACCAUUGUUUCGGGAUGGUUCUGGCGUGUUUGCAGAUACCCAACCAUGGUGCUACCUGUGUAUUCCCGGCUCCAGGGUUCGACCCCUCUUCUUCACUUACAGCAGUUGCCAAGGAAAAGUGUACAGCUUUAUAUGGCGUGCCAACCAUGUUCAUAGAUAUGCUGAACCACCCUGAAUUCCACAAGUUUGAUUUGUCGACACUGUACACUGGUAUAAUGGCAGGAUCGCCAUGUCCUAUUGAAACUAUGAAACAAGUUAUUGCUAAAAUGCACAUGGACGAAGUCACGGUAUGUUACGGCACGACAGAAAAUAGCCCUGUAACGUUCCAGAGCAAACGGAAUGAUCCUAUCGACAAACGCGUGUCAACGGUCGGAACUGCCCAUCCACAUGUAGAGGUAAAACCUUGCUAUCAAAGUAAUUUGAAUUAUAUUUAA